AUGAACAACACACUGGACAUUCGGCUUGUCAAUGCCCAUAAUGAUGAUAAGAACCAGGAGGACGAAAUAGAAACCGAAGAACAAGUAGAGUUGAGAAAGCUAGAGAAAUUGGAUCUUAUUGAAACUAAAGUGAAGUCAGUCGAGCAAGAGCUGAGAAGUAUGAAAGAUUCAAUAGAAUUUGCGCAUUCAGAAGUUAAAGAUUUGAAAAGCGACAACGAAGAACGCAAAAAAACGGACGAGCUAACGAGACAACAAAUAGAAAAAUUGGAGAAAGAAAAUGAAAUUUUACACAAGAGCGUCAUUGAUCUUAAAACAAGGUCAAUGCGCGAUAACUUAGUGUUUUAUAACAUAGACGAAAACAAGGAUGAGAACACUACAGAUAUAAUUCAUCAAAUUAUGGAACAUAAAUUGGGCAUGGAGAAUGCAGCAAGGGAAGUGAAGAUCAAUAGAUCCCACAGACUGGGAAAACAGAGAUUUGGAGCAACGAAGCCGCGACCAAUUGUCGCCAAAUUUAAAUUUAUCCCGACCGCGAACGAGUUCUACAAAACGCAAGAAAACUGA